AUGUCUUCCAUACGUAUUUGCAAGAUCAUUCAAGAGCUGACCAUCGUUCCUUACUUCUGCAGGGGCGGGCCGCACGAAGUCACUACCCCCAGCUCCAACCGCGAAGGGGGUGGCAAGAUAGUCCGCGAGGAUUAUUCUUGGGGUCUAGGUAUCGACACAUGGAGGAACCCUGGAGCAGGGCCCCCUCAGAAGCCCUGGCCGACGAUAGCUCUUGGCCAGCCGACUGCCUUCGUGCCUUCGAUCCUCGCCGCUUCAUCCCAGGGCACACAGGCAACGACACAAUAUGCACCUGCUACAACCGCUGGCAAGGCAUCAUAUCCGUACAACCCCAAUCAGUUCCGAGGAGGGGCGACGACAAGCUACGCGCCCGUCACAGCCAACCCUUCGGCACAUGGUAGCUAUUCUAAAUCGUACGCUGCUGCAGCCACAUCAAGCACCGCCUCCGGCUCCGGUUCCGCGUACUACCAAGCGCCCGCGUCGUCGGCCUCCUACACUUCUUCUGCAUCGACUGAGCAGGCGUCACCUUGGGUUUGGGACGAGGACUGGCACAGAUAUAAAACAUUGAACCCUGAGACAAAUGAAUGGGAAUGGGCGCAAACUCAGUGA